AUGGCAAACCAUCAACCUGCCAAAUUCAACAAAAGACCGAUAAACCGGAAUGAGCAUCAUGAAAGUGACAGGUUUGAACCUUGCUUUAAGAAGCCCCGCCUGAAGGUCCACGAAGAAUUUUGUUCCCCUGUUCAGUCUUCGCUCGGAUGCCGAUCUGUUCACAUUCAUCAACCCAGUCUAUGCUCGAGUCUAAGUAGCGGCUUUGAAUCAAAACCCCAGAAUGAUUCCACCCCAGGUGCCGAUUUAUCAGACGCAGAGCGAGUCCAGGAAGAUAGAAGCAGAUUCAACUCCGAAGAAGUCUGCUACGGCUCAAUUCGUGAUGUCCACGUCGAAAUUUGGGGAGGCCCACCAGAGGAUCUAAUGUCGCCUUGCUCGGGGCAAAACUAUAAAAAACACCGUCAAGAUUUCCAUAUCAUCGAAGUACUCCCGGGCACUGAGCAGUUUGUGGUUUGUGUACCAUCAACAGAUGAAAUGAUUGGCUUCAUAAAUCUGGAAGUUUCUCGCGUUUUGAGGGAUCUCCAGUGUAUUGGCAAUAUACGACUAGAGAUUGCCCUCACCAGCUUGGAAUGGAAGGCUCUAACAGAGUCGGGCUACAAGAAGUCCUCGAGCAAGACAGUGGAAAUCUCCAUUUUUGGGAGUAUCGGUCACAUUGACGAUGUCUCCGAUGUCGACAUGGAAACCGAGGCUACUGAUAUGAGGAGGGGCCAAGUUCAACCCAUUUCGAUGAAUGCAAAUCUAUCUAGUGGCCAGCCUCGGGCAGAAGAAUUGUUAAACGUUCUAAACAACCUAGGCGGACAUGAGCAUCUCCGUCCCAUUGAGCCCGACAAGCGAUUGAAUGUUUCGCUUCUUCCGUAG